GAUGGCUCAAAUGGUAUUGUCAAACCAAACCAAUUAUCUCCUUAUAAGGAUGUUGAGAGGCUGCCUUUUGGAAUCAUGUGAUGUUUUGACCACAAUACACAUUGAGACAAAUUAAGGUGUUGUCUCAUGAAACGCAAAAUACAGUUGACGCCGUCUACAUCAAUAUGUUACAGAAUCUUCAAAGAUUACCUAUAAGUCACCAUUCGUAAGGGUAAGUCUCAUUUCAUCAUCCUUCUAAUAUUUAACUAACUAAUAAUACCUAAUCACUUUGUGAACGCCAUAGUGAACGCUAAGAACUCGCUGCUAAUCUUUGUAGGCUUGACAGCUCAUCAAUUAGACCGUGCACUAGAUUUCUGAAGAUUGACAGUUGAUAAUCUGUCACCAUCCCUCGACUUUGGUAAGUUUAAUUUACAAUUCUUGUAAUAUUUAAAUAACUAAUCUCCAUCAGGAAUGAAAAUAAAGAAGUUACAAGAAGUGGCUAUAGGGGCCUUCUAGAUUACAAAUUGAUUAAUUCAAAUAUGUGCCGCCAGCCAAGCGUUUGUCAAACUAAUUUAGAUAGAAAUAUAGUUACAUGGAAAUAUGGAAUAUACAAUAAGUCAAUAUAUAUAAUAGUAUGGUAUACACUUAAUUACGAAAUUGGUGAAAUGUAGUAAGAUAAUGAAACAGAAUUAUAAAUUUGAAACCGUAAGGCCUUUGUAGUACUUGGGCGGUUAUGCGAAAAGAAAUUAUUCACAUGUGUCAUUUGUAACAAUAGCGCGCAGUCAAGCGUAAUUGCGUGGUUACUAAAUGUUUUCCUUGCCGCACGAGCGUCUGUUUAACCACAGGCGGCCCAAUCUCGCAAGGGUCAGUAUAGACUUUAUAUAGUAUGAAUGUAUAUUAUAUUAAUGUAUAUUAUAGCAAAAAUAUGUCGUAAAAUAUAAAUUUUAAAAUGAAAUUGACUUGCCUAUUUGAUAGUGUAUGUUCUCCUUUUAUUCCUCCUUUGUUGGACUAAUAUUUUCCAAGACUUUGUACUCGAUGUUACUAGUAUACAUGAAACAUGAUAAAGGCUAACGAUUCCCGAUCGUCGAUACGACGGCACAGCACUUCGAAUCGAAAAUUUUCACACUCAAGUCGCUUUAUUCUCCAAACAAAUUCGCCAGCAUGUACAACAAAUGCCGUUCUUCGAAAAUACAGAGGUACUGCGGCGAGAUGUACAAGUUUUGGACCAUAUUUUAACAAUGGAAAUCAAAACCCAUUUUAUAUUGAACUUACCCGGACCGAAAAUUACUACGGCGAACGUCUGCGCAACCAGGCCUCCUUUACCUUUGGAUUUACAGGGGGGAGGAUGCCACUAAUAUACUCACGAUAAUAUUUCGAAUUAAAGUAUCAUAUUCUACCAUACUUUCCAACAAAGAGCCGCUGUAUAUUACUUCUUCCUUAAAUUUCCUCAAUCUCCGUCGUUUAAUUUUUUUUCUUCGACAACAUCUCGAGUUUUAUACAGUAUCCGAUCGAAGGAGUUUUUAUUUUGAAUAUCAAAUUUCAAAUAAUGUAAACAGUCGCUACGCGGCCGCGAUUGGCUGGCUGUUACCGGAAAUAUCUGCUUCCCCCCCUGUAAAUCCAACGGUAAAGGAGGCCUGGUUGCGCAGACGUUCGCCGUAGUAAUUUUCGGUCCGGGUAAGUUCAAUAUAAAAUGGGUUUUGAUUUCCAUUGUUAAAAUAUGGUCCAAAACUUGUACAUCUCGCCGCAGUACCUCUGUAUUUUCGAAGAACGGCAUUUGUUGUACAUGCUGGCGAAUUUGUUUGGAGAAUAAAGCGAUUUGAGUGUGAAAAUUUUCGAUUCGAAGUGCCGUGCCGUCGUAUCGACGAUCGGGAAUAGUUAGCCUUUAUCAUGUUUCAUGUAUACUAGUAACAUCGAGUACAAAGUCUUGGAAAAUAUUAGUCCAACAAAGGAGGAAUAAAAGGAGAACACACACUAUCAAAUAGGCAAGUCAAUUUCAUUUUAAAAUUUAUAUUUUACGACAUAUUUUUACUAUAAUAUACAUUAAUAUAAUAUACAUUCAUACUAUAUAAAGUCUAUACUGACCCUUGCGAGAUUGGGCUGCCUGUGGUUUAACAAUAAAGGAUUUUUUUAUAAAUUCCUUCUCCUUUGUAACAGAAUAUUGCAAGAUUUGUGCUGUACAAAGCUACUAAAGGUAGAGUAAUACGAGCAACAAAAUUGCUGCAACUUGCAACAAAAUCUGAUUUCAACGCAUGUUAAUUGCAAAUGUUUACACAUAAAUUACAAACCACAAGGCAACAUGUGUCGACAUUUCUAUUUAACAUGCGUUGAAAUCAGAUUUUGUUGCAAGUUGCAGCAAUUUUGUUGCUCGUAUUACUCUACCUUAAGGCCGAGUUUACACUUUGACGCCACGACAAAUUUACCCUAGCGUAGUGCCUCCGGAGUUAUAGUACGCUACGGCAAACCACUCCAUUACAGUGUAGACACAAUACUAAUGCCCCUGUUUAUAUGAACCCUACAUGAAGGGCUGGCCUUCCUAGGUGAGAUCUCGCUUGCUAAUACAUUUCCCUAUUAAAAAUUGUUUUCGUUUAUAUGAGAGGACUGGAGGGCCAGCCCUAUACUAGAGGCAGGAUCUCGCCUAUAAUAGGGCUGGAAAUUUUCCAUAUAAACGCAGCAGGCCCCCUAGUAGGGCUGAGUGAAAAAUCUAUCGAAUCUAUUUCAAACUAAACUUUUUAAAGCUUUUAAUUUGUAAUUUUAAACGAAUAUUCCAAAGUCUGUUGGUUUUUAUUCCAAAAUUAUUCGGCAAACGAUGAUUUUGGACUCCAUAAUAAAGAUAAUGAGUCGCACGGAAGGCAUUAUCAAGUGCAACUUGCGAAAGGAAGCCAGCCCUAGCAGUAUAGGGCUGAUUUUUUAUUUUUCUCAUGUAAACACGUGGUGAAAAUCAGCCCUACUGCUAGGAUCUAUGGGGUAAGCCCUUUAUGCAGGGCUCAUAUAAACACCUCCUAAGAAACGUAGUGACGAAAUUGAUUUGUAUUCAGAGUGGCAAAUGUAGUGUCUCGUAGUUAGCACGCUGCGGCAAACCACUCCGUUAUAGUGUACACAAUAUAGCCUCAAUACUAGAAACGUAGUAAGUUGUUAACGGAGUGGUAACCGUAGCGUUAUAGUGUAAAAGCGGCCUAAGAUUUACGUCUGUAGUAAAACGGUACCAAUAAAAGUUUGCCCUAGCAAGUACUGCAGUUUAGAACGAAAAGAUCAGUCUGCUAUAACUGUUUAGUUCUGGUUUCUUCCUCUAGUAACACCAGAAUGACCAGAUAAAUAAAAGACGAUCUUUACUGGACCUCUAUAGUGGCUGUAAGGAGAACAGUUUAGAACUGAUAGAGCUAUAAAGUAUACGUUUAGUUUUGGUUUUCUCCUGUAGUGACCCUGUAGAUGAUCCUUACUGGAGGAAACUUAAACUAAACUAACUUCAUUUUUACUGGAUAGCUCUAUCAGUUCUAAACUGUUCUUCCUAGAGGUCCAGUAAGGAUCAUCUCUUAAUGAUUCAGUGUUACUACAGGAGGAAACCUAAACUAAACUAACUUUAUUUAUACUGGAUAGCUCUAUCAGUUCUAUACUGUUCUUCCUAGAGGUCCAGUAAGGAUCAUCUCUUAUUGAUCCAGUGUUACUACAGGAGGAAACCUAAACUAAACUAACUUUAUUUUUACUGGAUAUCUCUAUCAGUUCUAAACUGUUCUUCCUAGAGGUCCAGUAAGGAUCAUCUCUUAUUGAUCCAGUGUUACUACAGGAGGAAACCUAAUCUAAACUAACUUUAUUUAUACUGGAUAGCUCUAUCAGUUCUAAACUGUUCUUCCUAGAGGUCCAGUAAGGAUCAUCUCUUAUUGAUCCAGUGUUACUACAGGAGGAAACCUAAACUAAACUAACUCUAUUUAUACUGGAUAGUUCUAUCAGUUCUAAACUGUUCUUCCUAGAGGUUCAGUAAGGAUCAUCUCUUAUUGAUCCAGUGUUACUACAGGAGGAAACCUAAACUAAACUAACUUUAUUUAUACUGGAUAGCUCUAUCAGUUCUAAACUGUUCUUCCUAGAGGUCCAGUAAGGAUCAUCUCUUAUUGAUCCAGUGUUACUACAGAGGUCUCAAUUUUUUCAAGAACUUUGCAAUGAUCAACAACUUUUUCAUUUAGGUUCGUGAUUGUCGACCAUGGUGCGUCAUAAGGGGAUAGUGAAAUUCGCUUAUGUUCGCCAAUUUCUGGCUGGGUGUGAAACAUACUUCAUUGCCCCCACAGCGUGGUAUUAUGUCAGGUCCCUCGGCCAGAAUGAGGUAUUAUAGUACAACUGAUAUAAUUUUUAGCGUGCUUUUGGGCGUUCAAUAUUUAUACAUAGUGCACAGUGCACUUUUGAAUGACACAUUUUUCGCAUGAUUCCAAGCAGCAAUGACCAAACAUGAGCCGAUUCAAAGAGGCAGUUCUGAGUCAUUGCUGUAUUCAAAGAGGCAGUAUUGAGUCAGGCUGGCCCGGUUAACCGAGAUGAAUCCGGUAAUAAAGUUCUUAUCACGGCUUUGAUAAAUGAUAUUUCAAAGUUGAAUUAGCUUACUUUGAUUCCAGUAACAAUACAAAGUUCACUUAAACGAUCCUUUAUGGAAAAAAAGUUUCGUAACACGAUUCAUCCUGGCCCAGUUCACAGCCCCAAAAUUGCUGGUGGAAGCCACAUUUUCCCACCUUUGUGAAUAAUUGAGCAGCAAAUAAAAAUGGAAAGGCAACUAAUCGGAAUACUUCUUUAAAAUAAUAAGCUUAAAACAGAAAUGACAACAUUUAUCAAAAAUAUUUAAUGUUACCCCAUUUGUUAGGGCUUUCUAAAUUAAAUGAAUUCAAGGUAAAUUCUAAGUUUUGAAGGAUUUGUAAGAAAUCGUUGAGGAAACUGACUCGUUGUAUAACGCAGUUCCCUCAAACACUUCUUACAAAUCCUUCAAAACACAGAAUUUAUCUUUGCAAAAUUCCUACUGUGAUCACAGAAACUUUGAUAGUGUAAAAACCAGCCUCAGAAUUAUUAAAACUGAUCUGGCACGGUUUCCAAACGGAGGGAGAUAAAAAAGGAGCGCUUGGCAUCUUCGUGUGAAAACAAACGUGUCAGACUAUGUGCAGAAGGGUAACAUUUCCGAGCGUUUCUAAAAUGUCGUUUCCAAUUUUGUCAGUCGGUCCACACGGAAACGUUUUCACGAGAUGCAAAAUUGCAAAUGUUUGUCUCGAUAGAAAUUCCUUCUCGCCAUCACCAUUUAUUUUCCACCAGAUGAAGUCAUUACUUGUCAACGAGUUUCUUAAAAGUCCUCUGCUCAUUAUAAUAAAGUAAACAGUUUUAUAUGUAUGUUCAGCAUCACCGUUACGAAGUCUGUUGCUCCUUUGAAAGCAAAACACAUUUAAAUCGUUCAUAAAUCGUUAUACAGCACACAUGAAAGGCUAUGCAUUUUGUUUUAUUCGUUUUUUAAAUAAUAAUAAUAAUGGUCUUUAUUCAUGAAUAAAUAAAUUACACGUUAGCCAAAGCCUAUAUAGAUAGACAGCCAAAUUUCCUGAUUACCGAUUACAGUUACAGUAGUAAUUAGAAGAAAAGUGAAUUAUUAUUAAAUACAAAACACUGGGUACAAAAUAUCAAAGUGCAAAAUGAAAAUAAAACAACAAAGAAUAUCAGUUGUUGGCUGAUAUAGUUAAUAAGCUUGAGACAAGUAGUAAUCCUUCAAAAUACGCUUAUAAUUAACAGAUUUUAGCGAAUUACGAAGAGUAUACGGAAUUGAGAUCCAAAUUUUUGGUCCUUGGGAUCUGAUUGAAAAUGAUAAUUUAUUAAAUGUAAAAUGAAGAUUAUGUUUUUGUCUAGUAUUGUGAUGAUGCAUUUCACUGUUUACAGUAAAAAGUGAAGCAAUAGGUUGUGGCAAGAGGUUAUUAUUAUGUUGAAAGAUGAAGCAACUUACUUGAUAACUAAAUAUUUCGAAUAUAUUUAACGAGAAUGCGGUAGAGGUGGUGAAUGAGAGAUAAUACGAACAGCCCGUUUUUGAUAAAGAAAUAAACGGUUUAGAUGAGUCUUAUAAGUUGAUGCCCAUACAAUAGUACAAUAUUGUAAAUAGGUUGACAAUAGGUUGGUAAAGUUUUUAACUUAAGAAUUAAUGAUCCAAUGAAAGAUCUAAGCUUCCAGGAAACAAAAAUAUAAUAUUUUGAUUUUAAGCCGCCAUCUUGGAUUUUUAGCGUUUCAACGUACCGUGUGCACAUAGUCUCAAGAUCUCAAAACAGUAAAGUCGUUUAAUUAAAUUUCUUUGCUUUAUUUGAAAUAUUUUGGGUUUACAUGGGUGCUAAUUAGUAAUUUAAUUUGUAAACGAACUUGUAAGGGCGUGGUGUGAACUAUUUCGCUUCCGUGUAGUGUAAACAUGUACUUAGAUUGAAUUUUGGAUGCUCACUGAUAGCUCCCCUGCAUCCAGUAUUGCUCGUUUGCAAUCUACGCCAUAUUGGUUGAUUUUCAAAAUACUCGUGGCAACUAUAAAAUUCAUAUUCUUCAUUCUUUGUCGUAUUGAGGCAAAGACGGUAAACUAUCCAUAAUACAGUAACAUGUUUUCAAAACAAACCAGAAAAUGUUAAAUGAACUCAACUACUUCGCUGUAAACGGCUUAACGAAAGUUUAAAAUCAACCAAGAUGGCGCCUAAUGACUCGUAGUGACGCCAUGCGCAAGCAAAGACUAAGGAGUUUGUAUUAACAGUACAAUCCAAUUUUCUUUUUUAAGCUGUUCCUUGCUUUAAUGUUAUCUUCGUUCAACAUUUCUGCUGUAAUCGGUGGUCCGUUAUUUGGUCGUAUUGUAGACUGGAUUGGACAUCCACGACUUGUUUUUCUUUUCGCUUGUUGGUUGAAAGUCAUCUCAUACAUACUCUACAGCAUUAAUAUCUCAGCAUUUUUCCCUCUGGUUGGCAGACUGGUCAGUGGAUUGGGUUCUGGGGGCAGUGUUGCAGUUAUUCUUGGUCAGGUGGCCAUACAAACCGACGUUGAAGAGCGUGGAACAAUAUUUGUAUUGAUCGAAGCUGCAUAUUGCGUAGGGGCUACCGUUGGUCCCGGCGUUGGAAGCUUUAUUGCAUUUGAUGUUACAAUUUGGGGAUGGCAUAUCAAUCAAGGCAACUCCCCGGGGAUUAUAUUAGCCAUAGUGUGGAGUGUUUUCUUCAUUGUGACAAUAUUAUUACCUAAGGACAUCUGGAUUGAAAAAGGAACUGUUGAGAAACAAAUUGUGAGUGAAGAUGAAGGUAGAACUACCGAUGAUCGAACUUUUACCGAAAAUGAUCCUAAAGGUGACCGAAGAUUGACCGAAAUCCACCCGAAAGGCGACCGAAUUUUGGCCGAAUACGAUCUGAAUGUCGAUCGUCACUUAACCAAAGAUGUUGCGAUCGCCGAUCCCGAAGAUGACCGAAUCAAACCGAGUGGUCACCGAACUGUUGUCGAUCUUGAUGACGAAAGCAAGACGAAGAUUGAAUGGAACUCGCGCAUUUUCUGUCUGCUUUACCUGACAUUUGCAAGCGAAUUUUUCUCGAGUACUGCGACAUUCUAUGUUCCCGUCCUGGCAUUAAACCAUUUUCAUCUUGAACUAAUCUACGUUAAACUACUCUUCCUGAACUGUACUCUAUUCACUGUACUUGUUUUCAUUCUAUUCUCGCUCGCUUCGGACUAUUUUGAUGAACGCAAACUAUUCCUGGUUGCUUUGUUGAUGCAAAUUGCCGCCAUCUCAGUGCUAACAUGGAUUGGAUUCAGCUGGGAUCAUAUCACAAGUGCUCAAAACUACAUGUUAUUGCUGUACAUAUGUCUUGGCAUGCCUUACUUCGCUUUUCCGUUCGGUAAUUCCAUUUUGUCGAAGAUCACUGACGCGCGCAACGCGUCGUUCUAUCAAGGCGUGUCCUACGCAUCAAUGCAAUCGGGGAUCCUGAUCAGCCGUGUCGUUGUCAGUUUCGUGAACACAAAAGAAAGUUUGAUCAUUUAUUGUUUUGUCUUAAUGUUUCUCUGGUUGCUUGGGUUGAUAUGGUUUGCUGUACAUUACAAACAAUUUGUUGCGAGCGAAGAAAAACAUCAAUAGAUUCUUAGGAAAUUUACUGUGAUUUUAGUUUUAAAGUCAUUCUUCAUGAAAUGUUUGAAUGUUUCUGAGUUACAGUUAUAUUUUUAUCUAAAAAAACUAUCAACUGAAUCAGAGCUGCUGUCCAUAGGAUGCUUUCAGAGGCUGUUACUCAUUGCGAAGAUCGAUUUUUAAAGUUCUGUGGCUGGAAAAGCAAAAUAUGUUUUCUAUUUAUCAGUAAGAAAAGCAUGUAAGAAGGGAAAGAUCGAUGGUCCCUUUACUAACCAUAGUCUUCGUACAACAACAGCAAGUCGUGGAAUAGAGAAACGAAUACCAGAUAAGUUUGUAAUGGAACGUACUGGUCACAGAGAUGUUAGGUCGUUGCAAAAAUAUCAGCGGCCUAACAUCUCUACUAAGAUUAAUAUAUCAAGAGCUUUUGAGAGUAAUGCAUGUUUAAGAAAUGAUUGUGAUGAAGAAGAUCGGCCCGAAGAGAAAAUCUCAAAAGUGUUUACAGAGGGCCAAAUUGUUGCCGCAAUUUUUAAACAUUGCAACUUCAGCAUUAAUAGAGAUUUUACAAUGUAAUUUUCAGUGUGUAAUUUUGUGUACGGUAUAUAAUAAAUAAUGCCGUUCGUGUGGUAUAUUUAUUUAGAUAAAUACCUCAUUAUAAAUACAUAUAUUAAUGAGGUAUUUAUCUAGAUAUAAAUACCCUACCAAUGCAUCAGCCCCGAUCUUCCCUGCUGAAAAUCAAAAACCCUCCUCGGACUUUUAGACCGAAGGAGUGAUUACGCUAAAUAAACAUUGUCGAAGAUCAAAGAAAACCGACAUGAUCAUGAUUUAAAAAACAUUUACAUACCAUACUUUCUACAGUCUGUGUUACUAUAUAUACACUAUAUUUACAUUCCACAAUAUUUUGUUAAGUUAUAAAAGGCAAAGAUUACAAUAUUAAGUUUUGUAUUCAUAUGAUUAUAAAACCUCGUAAAUGUUGAUGUAAAUUGUAUGAUGUGAAACGUUUCUUAUAAAACCUCGUAAAUGUUGAUGUAAAUUGUAUGAUGUGAAACGUUUCUUUAAAAACUAGUUACGAGGUUUCACUACAGCAGUUGCGCGAUGUCUUUUCUCUUUCAUUCCUGGCAAUUCUUUCCACUGAUCAUCUCUCAUUGUGAAACUUUCUACUGAGUUGAGAUAUCCCUCCUCGUCACUGUGUCCGCCCAACGCAAUAAUGACGUCAUGCAUAAUUACGGCUGAGGAACCGUACCUCUUGUGUAUUAGUGAAGGUAAUCUGUCACUUUGGCCAGUUUCAGUGUGGUACAUGAUGACGUCAUCUAAAUCCUGGUCAUUCUUACCCACCCCGCCGACAACAAUUACCAUAUUGCCCCAAGUAACUGUGGACAUUCCUAAGACAGGCUUGGGUAACGAUGGACAUGGCUUAAUCUCGUUUUUGAUGAAAUCAUAGACAACAACACUAUCAGUAGCAUCUUUACUCUGGUUUGUCGUUCCUCCCAAGAUAAAUAGUUUCCCGUUAACAAUCUCUGCUCUGUGGUUUCUCCUUGGCUGAGGCAUUCUUGCGAGAAGCUUGACAGUAUAAGGCGGGGCAAGGGAUAGUUCAUAAAUUGCAUCGGAAGGUUUGUUUUCAUUCCAGUUAUGUCCUCCUAUGAUAUAUAAUUUAUCUUGGUAAACUGUGACGUCAUGACCAGAUAACUUGACAGGCAGUUUACCAUCAAACAUCGUCCAUCGCAAGGGAGGCUGGUUCAUCUUUAAAAUUUCGAUCGAGUCAGUACCAGUUUGACUAUCCGAACCUCCCGCAACGAUGACGUCACCGUUGUAAACACAUGAUGCUGAUUGUUUUCGACUGAGAUGCAUUCGUGGCAGCUGGGUUGACUUGCCUUCUACUAUAUUGUAUUUUUCAACUGUAUUCGAUACACUUUUAACCCCUGGGCCAUUAGAACCGCCAAGAAUAAUAAUAUCUUGGUUGUUGGCUUGAACACGAUUGUUGUUGUUCACAUUGCUUCCUUGGAAUACUUGAUGAACCAUUAUCAUCAUGAUUAUCGUCAUUAUCAGCUGAAUUUAGAAUAAAAUACUUUUGUGACUAAGUUACAACACAGCCCUCGC